UCGCACUGAGAUAGAAAUCUGCUGUCCCCCCUGCACACACGCACACACGCACACGCGCACACACUCACACACAUGCAAACACACUAACACACGCACCCCAGACGCGGAGCGGGACUGAGCGGAGCUGCGUGCCCGGAGAGGAGGACUGAUGACCGCCAGACGAUGGGAUGUCACGUGUCUCUGAACAAACUGUGUUAACCGAAAAGGAACUGAAGUGUCGAGGAAUCGAGUGAACCAAUCAGACUCUCCAGGUUGUUGAAGGGUCAGAGGUCGGAGGUCGGAGGUCGUCAUGCAGAGCAUAAAGUGUGUGGUUGUAGGUGACGGCGCUGUGGGGAAGACCUGCCUCCUCAUCUCCUACACAACCGGAGCUUUCCCCAAAGAGUACAUCCCCACUGUGUUCGACAACUACAGCAGCCAGGUGACGGUGGACAACAGGACCAUCAGUCUGAACCUGUGGGACACGGCGGGUCAGGAGGAGUACGACCGGCUGAGGACGCUGUCCUACCCGCAGACCAACGUCUUCAUCAUCUGCUUCUCCAUCUCAAGCCCCGCCUCCUACGAGAACAUAAAACACAAGUGGCAUCCAGAGGUGUCUCACCACUGCCCCGGCGUUCCCAUCCUCCUGGUCGGCACGAAGAGCGACCUCCGGAACGACCCCGAGACCCAGCGGAAGCUGAAGGAGCAGAACCAGGCGCCCGUCAGCCACCAUCAGGGCGCCGCCCUCGCCCGCCAGAUCCAGGCCAUGCGCUACCUGGAGUGCUCGGCCCUCAACCAGGACGGCAUCAAGGAUGUGUUCGUCGAGGCCGUGAGGGCCUUCCUCAACCCGCAGCCCGCAGUCCAGAAGAAGCCCUGCGUCCUGCUGUAGGCCGGGAGCCUCUGAAACGCCACAUCCAGCCGGUUCCCGUGGCAACGCCGCCCGAGAGACUGUUUGAAGAAAAGAAACUAUGCUAGAAAAUUGGCUUUUUUUUUUUUUUUAAUACGUUUGGUUAGAAUUUUAGAAAAAGGUAGUUUGGGGCUCAAUGUUUGAAUUCCGGGGGAAUUUACAGGUCUUUUUUUGGGGGGGCUGGGGGGGGGGGGAAUUAAUUUAAAGCAUUUUUAAUGCUGUAAUGAACUUAUAGCCUUUGAGAAAUUAUUAAAAUCCAAAUGAAAAUC